UCCUCCCCGCCCUUUCUCUCGAGCGCACGACGUAGCCGACAGCUAUAGACACGAUCGAUGUUUCAUUGCGGUUAAGGCGAGCCGACCGCGCGUCUGUGUUGUGGAACAAAGUCGCGUGCCGCUUGUUAAAGACCGCGCGGCACGCCUCAGACGAUGAAGCGUGCUCGAACCGGCGGCUCGCUGAGCCGAGUUUUCGCGGUUUUGAUCUUCGUGUGGUGCGCCUCGGCGCUGGUGACGGGAGCUCCUGCUUCUCCUGCCAACGACAAGCGUUACGAGUCCGGGUCAGAUACCGACGACAACGACCAGAACGCUGGAGUUCUAUCGGGAAAGAACUAUAACAAAGCGUUCGUUAACGUCAUAGGGACGCCUGGGAAGAACUUGACGACGACGACAACGACCACCACGACGACGACGACGACACGUAGACCCAGCAUCUCGGUCGUGUCCGUGACGAAAAAGGUGAAGGUUGUCGUUGUGUACGAGUCGCACUGCCCCUACAGCCGGCGCUUCAUCUACAGUCAGCUGCUGCCCACGUACCAGAAGAUGAGCAAGUACAUGAACCUCACGAUUUUGCCAUUCGGCAAGGCCCGCGUCGACAACGUCAGCGCCACGGUGCCUCACUUCACCUGUCAACACGGCACGAACGAAUGCAUGGGCAACAUGAUUGAGACCUGCGUCGUGCACGUCGUGAAGAAGCAGAUGACCGUCGUGAAGAUCUUGGCCUGCAUGUCCCAGAGCUAUCAGCCUCACCUGGCGGGCCAGAAGUGCGUCGAAGGCACGGGGGUGAAGUGGUCGAAGAUUCAAGAAUGCGUGACCAAAAAGGGAACCCGCUACCUGCUCGAAACCGGCCUGGAGACGUGGAAGGUACAGUCCUACGUCGCCCGGGUACCGCUGGUCGUCGUCGACGGAGAGAAGGACAACUACGUCGAGUACUACGCCCAGAAGGAUCUCAUGAAGCUCAUGUGCGAACACCUCCCGUACGACGACUACCGCGUUUCGCCAUGUGCUGCCGCGGGCAAGUGAAUAUGUGGUGCGCGCUUCUCAGGCUAACCCAUUCCGCAUCGCUUUUAUAGGAAGUAUACGUGGAAUACAGGAAGUGAUGGGUGGUCAUAUGAAAAUGCGUGUCCCUUCUCGAAAACGACUCCUUUGCUUUGUCUGUAGAUCUUUCUUCCCCUUCUUUCUUCUGCGUGAGACGUCUGUAUAUGCCAUCACUUUCAUCCGCACUGACGACGACGCGGUGUCCAGUAACGUGCUCGGCCUUUCAUCGGCGUUGCUGUUAGCGCCGUGAACGUCGCUGGAUCGCGAGACUCGACCAGCUGGAGACGCUCAGGCAGCAGCAUUUUAGUACUGUCGAGCGGGUCUCUUUGCUCUGUGGUGAUCGCUGCAGCUCUGUUGAAACACUUUCGUGCGCAGUGCAAUGAUCCCUCACGUGUUUCGCACACAUUUUUUUUUUACGUAAUCGACAAGGAUUCCGUAGAAAUUCCGCAUAUCUACCGCAGUAAUAUCGCGGAACGCACGUGGGAUCAUUGGUCUGCGCAAACGGUGUGUUUUUGAAACGUGAAUUUUGCUUUGCGUAUGGCGCGCACACCAUAACGCUAGUUUGCUUUUGUAGCCUGUUCAUGGCUUUGCGGUGUUGUGGAGGCAAGUUAUGGCGUAUCACCUAAUCAGUAGCGUAUCCCUCACAAAGCUAUUCACAUGAUAGAGUUUUCGGACGAUUGGUUGGCUCCUUCCUGGUAUCGCCUUGCUGGCAACCGUGAAUGGACAGUCAGUGGUACGCAGCAACCGGGGAUCAGAUUCAGAUUUGAUUCGUACGGGUAUGCAUGUAAGACGUGUACUCACGUACAUGCACGUGGUAAAAAUGUACAUAUUUAGAAUAUUCUGUUCAGAAAGAGGUGGCCAUAGUCAAUGACUGUACGAAAAAAUUUGUAAAUUAAACGUAGAACUUAAAUUGCCAGAUAUAUGAAGUAGUACGUGACAGUGAUAAUCUUAAAAUUCGACGCACGUUAAAGAGACACAAAGCGAAGUUAACGUAAAUGGCAGCUAAAUAAUCGAUAGCCACUUGCAGCAAUAAUAACUCAGCACUGUUUUAACAACAGGCAAAGCUGAAUGCGAAUGCUUUUAGAAAUCCCAAACACUGUGAGUUCAAUCUUACUUGAGAAGAGUUUGUGAGUUCGACUACUGAUGAGUUGAAGCUUAUUAUCAUGAAUAUAGACGGCCCUUAGAUUAUAUUUUCACUUCGCAAAGACCGCUUUGUUUUCCUAUUGCCUUUUUGAAACAAAUUCUGCAGAACUAACUACAAACAAAAGUUGUUAACAGGUCUACUUACUUUGUUUUAUUGCGGACUGUACACUUCCGAAAGUGUUCCCUGAUGAAAAAUGUAAGGGCAUACGUCCACAGCCUGUACCGGGCGUUUCAGCGAACACUUUCAGUUUUCUUUUUUUAGAUUGUCUGUAAAUUGCGAUAUGUGCCACGAAGUAAUUAGUUAAAAACAUAGUUAAUAAUUUUUUUAAUUAGUCCAUUAUGUGUUUCAAUUUUUUGUUCAAGUAAUGUCCGCCUCUUUAAGUAUAGACCAGCUCACGGACUAUAAUUGUGCUACCUGCCGCAGGCAAUUAAAAAAAAAUUGUUUUGAAAGUGUUCGCUGAAACACUCUUUACAUUGGCAACGUAUCGGCUUCCCAGAAAAGCGUCUAUAAACUUUAAUAGGCUGUCACAAAAACAAACAAAUAAAAGGAAUUAAAAGAAAUACUUUUGUGAGGGAGCUUUAUCUUCAACAAAACUACAUCGUUUUGUUGCGCCAUGGCGGAAACGGAAGAUCAGAGCUGCCAACUGCCACGUUUACAGGAAGGGUUAUGACCGCUUCUGUUCGUAGUUGGAAAAGCGUUGGGAAAGAGAGAAAGUGCCACCGGCGCAGGUCACUGAUUCUGUCACUUCUGCUGACGCUUCCGUCACAAUUUGCGUGCGACGUGCCAUUUUCGAUGCGCGCUGCCCUUGUCGUCUGCUUUCUUCACGCAGCCGCAGAAGUUUUCAAAUAACUUCGACAGUAGCCGAGAAAUGCGAUGACGUCACUAAGUGCGGAGAAAUGUCCUAAAUUAUGGUGAUGCUAAAGCCUCACGUAUACUACUGCCUUCUAAUAUCGCGAGGUUUAAGGAGUGGUUUGCAGUCAUAUUUGCGUGUUGUAACCACGCGCGAUGAGGGAGGCUGUAGUCGCGUGGUCACUUUUCUUGCCUCGGAGCGGCAUCCGACGCCUUCGGUCACCGCAAUCUAUCGCUGCGCGUUACGCGGGGCAAGCGACGGAGAGUUGUUUUCGAGAAGGGGAGCUUUUAUUAUUUGUGUUAUUUUGCAUGAUUGUGUGCCAUACAAGAAUCUGUGUGCGGGUUCUAUAGUUUACAAUUCUAGCGGCAGUUUCAGCCCCUGCCAUCCAUAGCGUCCGUUCAAGUUGUACCUGGUUUGUGAUAUUUUCUGUAGCGGCGAUCACAUGCAGUGGCGGCUUUAAAGAGAUGAUAUUGAGAAGCAGUAAAUCAGUCAAAGAGUGGUAUAAUGCUCUUCUAAAAAGGUCGUUUGCAUUUCUUUGGCGAGAAAGGGGUGCUUGUGAGCGGAAUGAAGGCCGAACUUCCGCCUCUCGAAUUUCGCGUCCAGUCCGCGCGCAGCGCCUAUGACGUCAACGUGACGUCAACUUGACAUCGAGUCUUGCAGGUGAUCUUUCAUUAUUUGCAGAUUGCUUUAGCCAAGAAAAGGUUCUCACAGUGGCCAGGUCGAGUAUUUUUUUUUUUUUUACUUGCUGGAUAAUACAACGUUAUCCUUCUUUAUAUUUAAGCAAUUUCCCAGCAAACGCUUGUCAAAAGUCACGAUGUCAUAGCGACUUGUUGCCGGAAUCUGAAAGAUCGCUCACGUUCUUUUCCGGAUUACGAAGCUUCCGCGAACUCUGAGAUUGACGUAUAUGGUAAUUCCAACGUGUGUCGAAAUGUCCGACUUAUAGCUUGACAGUUCUUCGUUAAGAUACAUCUUAUAAAUCUAAAAAAAUAGGCAAAAAUAAUGACGUUAUAUAUAUAUAU